AUGCAUCCAUCACACCUGCUCCUCCUUGCCGGGACAACCGUGGCCCAGUCCCUGCAAGAUGUCCUCACCGCCCAGAGCGCCACACUCUCCACGCUCAACGGCUGGCUCGCCUCUGAGGCCCUCAUCUUCGACAUCCUCAACAGCGCCCAGGGCAUUACCAUACUGGCCCCGAGCAACAAUGCCCUCGCUGCGCUGUACAGCACCACUCUGCCGACGCAGCUGGCCCUGGACUCGAAUUUACUGACGGCCUUUCUGAGUUAUCAUGUUCUCGACGGGGUGUUUUUUGCGUCGGACUUUUUGAAUAACCCUGUUGCGUCGGCGCCGACGUUUUUGAACAUGCAGGCGUACUCGAAUGUGUCUGGCGGCCAAGUGGUGCAGUCACGCUCGCAGAACGGGGGUAUUACCUUUUUCAGUGGGAAUAACGUUCAGUCCAACGUGCAGGCCUAUGACUUCAACUACGUCGGCGGGACGCUCCACAUCAUCGACACAGCCCUCACCAUCCCCGCCCGCAUCACCGACACGCUCAUCACCACAGGCCUAACCGCAUGCGUCGGCGCCCUCCAACGCGCCGGCAUCGAAGCAGCCGUCAACAACGCCCCCGACAUCACGCUGUUUGUCCCCACCAACGCGGCCUUUGACGCCAUCGGUAGUAUCCUCAACGGCAUGACGCUGGAGCAGCUGACGACGGUGCUGAAUUACCAUGUGGUGCGGGGCCAGGUGCUGUAUAGCCAGUUGAUUAAGGGAGGCGGGACGGUGGUGACGGCGGAAGGGGCGGCGCUGAAUUUUAGGGUGGUGCAGGGGGCGUUGUUUGUGAACAGUGCGAGGGUGGUGGUGACGGAUGUGUUGGUGGGCAAUGGGGUAGUGCAUUUUAUUGAUGGAGUCCUCAACCCAGCAAACCCAACCGCAACCCCCGACCCCUCAGCCGCAACCCAAGCCCCUGCCUUCAGCGGCGCCAACACAGCCGCCGGCGGGGUCCCCUUCACCUCGUCCAUCAUCCUCAGCACGACUACCACGCUGAUCCCGACGGGGCCCACGCCCACGGCUAGCAGUGGGGCUACACCGCCGCCGCCGGUUGUUACUGCUGGUCGACCACAUAUGUAUGGUAAUUACCUUAUUAGAUGUUGA